UAAUUAAAUUAAUUACAAAAUGGCGGCCAAAAGCCUCUACCCAACACUCCCCAGCCCGUCAUCCAUCGUCCUCUCUAGUGAUGAAGAGGAUGAAUACGAAGAGGAAGAAAGAGAAGAAUUGAACGAAGAGCCGCUGGAAGAAGUAGGAGAGGCAGCGAAUCAAUCAAGAAUGAAAUCUCAGUCCAGUCAAUCUCUCAAUGACUUUGAAAAUACCUACUUAAAACAGAAAAUUAAAUUGUCUAAGUCUCGACCAAGUGCUGCUGUUUUAACUGCUCCAAUCCUUCGACAGUUUUGUUUUUGGGUGUGGUCAUUUGUGUCCCAGUUUCGUUACAUCUUUGCUGGUUUGUUUUUGGCGCUGGUCACUGUAUUAAUAUUAGGAGAAGGUCCCGGUAAAGAUAACUUGCUUGUUUGUACGUCGGGCAAAUUUGAAAGGUGUCUAAGUGAAACUGAGAGAAAUAUUAUUCUUCCUUUAUCAAAAGAACUAAGAGCAUUUCUACACGACAGAGCUGGUAGGUUUGAGUGUGGCCAGGACGUCAGUAGAAAUGAGACCGUAAAUAAUUUAAGAUCAAUUUUAUCAUCACGUCAUCAUAAUGCUGAAAUAACACUAAAGGACAUGAAAUUGGUUUCAUAUUUAUUUAUUAGCAACCCACAUUGGGGCAUUAAUAUAUUAAAGGCUGGUGAUGGUAGUCCCAUUACUAAUGUUGAACUAGGUUUAUCUAAUACUGAUGUUAUGGAGUCGUCUAGUCCAAGGAAAACUUUACUGUGUCGACUAAGGCAAACAAUUAGUGGAAUUUGGAAUAGAUUAAAAUUGCUCUCUUUUGGUCUUCUUCUUGCUCUGGUUUUGGGUGUUUUCAUUAGUUGGUACUACAGUAGGAGGAAGGCAGAGAUGAAAUCAGUUUAUUUACUUGUUAAUGACAUCACAGAAGUAUUAAAGGCUCAUUAUCGUAAGUCCAGUCACAAUGAUAAGGUCCUGCCUUAUGUUGCUAUUGUUCACGUGAGGGAUAUGCUCAUACCUCCUUCUGAAAGACAUCGUAAGGAGAAAUUAUGGGACAAAGCUGUAUUGUGGAUAGCUAACAAUGAGAGUCGAGUGAGGGUUGAGACAAGAAUGAUAUCAGGGGAGCAGUACAGCGUCUGGAACUGGGUCCAACCAGAACCACCUCCUACUGAGGAGGUUGAUGGUGCUCGGAUGUUGUCAGGUGGUGUUGGUUCUAGUGGCCCUGAUCCCAGUGCUUGGCCUGGAAGAGCAUUUGAAGAGUAUCCUCCUGACUUAGAAAGUAAGAUAGCUCCUCCUCUUGGCACACCCUCUCCUUGCGUUAGACUCAAAAAUGUCUUCCAGCACAUCAACCACUUGCCCGAGAGUGAGAGCAAUGAGAUCAGAAACUGUGUUCUUGAGAGAUGUCGUCACAUUGGACCCGUUGUUCACAUAUACAUUGACAAGAGAUCCCCACAUGGUUGUGUGUACUUCAAGAUGGAGUCCCUUGCAUCUGCAAAGGCUGCAUAUAAAGUGCUUCAUGGCAGCUGGUUUAAAGGUCGAUUGAUAACGGCAAAGUACAUACCGGAGUCAAAAUAUUACAAAUGGUUUCCUAAAGCAUCAACAGCUUCGUCCUCUCGAUUUUGAUUGCAGACUCGCAAACAAACAGACUGUAAGAAAAGAAGAAAGAACCCAAACACACACUUAACUAUCGUACAUGUUUCCCUGUUUCGUGUACUUGUUUUGGUUCCUCUGUUUGAUUUUUGAUAAUCUCAUAAUCAUC